CGAGUCGGCAACAAUGACAUUUCUUGUCAAAAUACAGAAUCUGCGUUUGUCAGGAAUUUAACUUGCAAAAAUAAUUCUUAAAUACUAAAGUUAUAUAUGUUAAUGUGUGUUGUGUUGGAUACCGAAGGGUAUUACGCUUUUUAAAGUAUUAAUGUGUACGUGCGAUGCUAACAGAAAUGCAAGUUUUCACAGCAUUUAUGAAUGUUGAGUGUACUCGGUCGUAUAUCGAUGAUUUGUACUCGAAGGAUCCUUCCAAGUGUCUCGCAUCUAUUGUCUGUAUUAAAAAUUCAGUGAUUGGCUCGAACCGCCAAAAGGAAAGUGUUAUAGCCCAAGGAAUAGUACCAAGGCUUCUAUUUCUGUUGAGAGACAAAGGCACGAAGACAAAUGUGCGUAUUGAAGCAGCUGUAACGAUUGGAUCUCUUGCCAAAGGUACUGAAGACCAUGUAGAACUUCUUAUCAAUUCUGGAACUAGUCAAAUUCUGUUAGAAGUACUUGAAGAAAACGAGCCCAGAUUAAUAGAUGCGUGUCUGUGUUGUCUACGUACAUUGUCCCAGCAUUCCAUCUCGUCCGAUGUCAAAUAUAAUGUAAAAAAUCUACAGAAGUUACUAAGUUUCGCUGGUCCCAAAGAUACCCUCCAGCGCCAAUCAUGUGUUGCCAAUAUUAUAACGUCUGCAUGUCGAGGACCUGCUGAACAAAAUAUUUUAUGCUCGAUAGGAGCUCCUGCAACUUUAGCCUCUCUACUGUCUGUCCAAAACUAUUCCGUUACUAUACCUAUUGUAACCUGUCUAGCUACGAUGUGUUUUAAUAAUUCUGUGGUAGCUGGUGUUAUAGUGAAUACUAGUUGUAAGGGGAUCAGAAUUCCAGAUUAUCUUGAAAUACUCAUAUCUAGAGAUAGACCUAUUGAUAUGCAGCUUGGGGCUGCUAAAUGUCUUACAAAUUUGUAUAGAGCUGGGGCCAUAUCAGCAUAUGAUCCAAUCAUUACCUAUAGAACCCUUCCAUGUCUAGUACGAUUGUGCCAGAUUGAACAUCAAGAAACUCAUCGAGCUGCAGCAGCAGAUACUUUGGCUUAUUUGACAGAGGUUGACAGCAAUCUUCAGCAGGUGGCAGCUAUCAGUAACCAGUUAGUUAGUGCUCUAGUCGAUCUAUUGAAAUGUCCCAGUGUUGCUGCUCGUGGAGCUGCUUUCAGGGCAUUUGCUUCUUUGGGAGCCAAUGACGAGGACAUCAGAAAAAGGAUCAUCGACACCAAAUGUUUGAUGGAUCGUGUUGUGGAUGGAUUAGGAGAUGACAAUAAAGAAAUAAGGUUAGCAGCUGUAAGAUGUUUACACUCUUUGAGCAGGUCAGUCCAGCAGUUGCGGACAACUUUUCAAGAUCAUUCAGUGUGGAGACCAUUAAUGACUUUACUAACAGAUUCUCCAUGCAAUGAACUCCUGACGGCUGCUUCGUCCGCUCUCUGUAAUUUGCUGCUGGAAUUCUCGCCCGCUAAAGAACCUAUGAUUCAACAAGGAGUCGUCCAAUUACUAGCCACUAUUACUUCACAGUCGGACCCAAGUCUUCGGCUGAAUGGUGUUUGGGCAUUGAUGAAUCUUGCAUUUCAAGCAGAACAGAGGCUAAAAUCACAAAUUUUACAAACAUUGGGGACAGAUCAAAUUUUUAGGCUGCUAGCUGAUCCUGAUACAAAGGUGUUAAUGAAAACUUUGGGACUUUUAAGAAACUUAGUAUCUCCACGUACCCACACAGAUAUGAUGAUGGCAUUGCACGGUCCACAGAUAAUGCAAGGUGUCGUUUUGGUUUUGGAAGGACCACAUCCACCCGAUGUCAAAGAACAAGCUCUCUGUAUUCUAGGAAACAUCGCAGACGGGGAAAGAGCCAGAGACCAUAUAAUGUCUAACGAGGAUGUACUCAAAAAGUUAAUCGAUUAUAUGAUACAUCCAGCACCAUGUUUACAGGAAUCUGCCGUUUUUUGUAUAAACAAUUUAACGAGGUUGGGAGAACCAAACGCCCUAGAAAGACAAAAUCGCUUGAAAGAACUUGGAGUGGUCAAUAUUUUGCAGCAGUUAUUAAGUACAACUGAUACGAUACUAUAUAAUAGAGUCAAAUCUGCUUUAAGCCAGUUCGCAGACGUGUGAUUCCCUUAAGUUAAAAUUCUCUCUUGCACAUAAAAAACCCUUUACGUAAUUUAUUGUGAUUUUAAUGUAGACUGAGUAUGUAUUUAAAUAAAAAAAAUGUAUGUACUUUAAGUCCUACAAUUCAUAAUUUAAAAAAAAAUAGUACCUUAUUAUUGUUUCAGUUAUUUUGUGUUACAGUUUUAAUGCACACAAAUUACAUUGUGUUAACACUAGAUCUGAAUUUUAUUAAACGACUCUUAUAAAGAGA